UGUGAGAAGUUUGAAGCACUUUGUAGCAACAUUAACGGAACAGGUGUAAAUGGUAACCGAGCUACUCUUAAGAGAAGGCAAGAACCUCAAACUUCGAGUGUUAAGCCUGCCAUUAAACCUUACGGACAAUAUACAUCAACACACCAUCCCUACCUGUUGAGAAGUUUGACGAUAUCAAAGAUCCAAGAAACUGAUGCUGGACUUUAUCAGUGCCAGGUGAUCAUUGGAGCAAUUGGCAAGAUUACUGCUGACGUUCACGUACUUGUGAGAAUUCCUCCAGUAAUAUCUGACAACAGUACACGUUCGAUAAUGACGAGCAGUGGAAGCACGGUGUCGUUGUACUGUUACGCCAUGGGUUACCCUAAACCUCGUAUUUCUUGGAGGAGAGAGAAAAACGUGUUGCUUCCAACGGGUCUUGCUGUAUUUGACGGCAACGUUCUGACGAUUCGUAAUGUCACCAAAUAUCACAGAGGCACCUACUUUUGUGUUGCUGAUAAUGGAGUCGGAAAGGGUGCUAGAAGAAACGUGGGUGUUGAGGUGGAGUUCGCUCCCGUAGUGACGACGGAUAGAAGACGUUACGGACAGGCCUUACAAUACGACAUGGAUCUGCAGUGCCACGUUGAAUCCUUUCCUUCGUCUUCGGUGAUUUGGUUAAAAGACGGAGUUGAGAUAAACAACAACCAGCACUACCAUAUUUCCAUGUUUUCAACAGCAGAUGAAUUUACAGAUUCGACACUGAGGGUGAUCAGCAUCGAGAAGAAACAGUACGGAAACUACAGUUGUAAGGCAAUGAAUAAGUUGGGGUCUGACGAGAGAGAUAUUGAAUUAAUAGAAACUGUAAAUGUUAUUUGCCCUCCAGCUUGUGGAUUAGGCUUAAUUUCAUGUGGUGUAUAUUGGCAAGCUGACAUUUAUGCUAUUGUAUGGAGCUGUUCUACAUUGCUUAUUUUUAAAUAUGAAAAGUUUUUGUAAAUUGAUGUUAUAAUUAUUAGUGUCUGAAUAAAGAAUGUGUAAUUUG